UUUUUUGUGGUACGUUUUUAUUGUCCACUGUAUAUCCUUGAUUUGCGUCAUGCUGUAUAUUUGCAUUUUGACGUUUGUGCCAUCAGCUGAUCAAACAUCAUUUGUCAUGAGUGGAAGUGUCCCUUUGGCAUGUUUACAGUAACAAAUUAGCAAAAAUUUCGAUAAUGUAAUUUCCAACAACGACACAAAAAACCACCAUCACAGCCCGAGAUUUGCCAAGAAGUCAAUUUUAGCGUCUUAACUAGCCCCCUUCACAAUGUCGGGCCCCUCAAGUAGCCCCAAACAGCGUCACAGCAUCGCAGGCCCCCAUCCAGCUGUCGAAUCUUCUCGCCGUCGCCCAUCAUUUCUAACUCUUCAUAUUCCCGAAACGAACUGGAGAGGUUCUCUAAGUCAAUUACAUUUACCAACUUUCACCCUCACAGCACCCGAAGGCGGCGACCAAAGUAACAAAAAAUUCAGCUUCGGACUUGGAAUCAGACGACAUUCGCAUACCACGCUGCACCGCAGUGAGUCGAUGGUGUCUUUAUGUUUCCGGACACUGUCAGGAUUCAUCAACGAGGACAACCUCCAAGGCCUUAAAAACCUCCUCGAAAGCAAGCAAGUCCAAGUCGAUGACCGCGACGAGAAUGGCACUACGGCCCUUAUGCUCGCCGCCACAAAGGGCCGUUCGGCCUUCGUCCGCGAGUUGCUGGCCUACGGCGCCGACGCCAACGCCGAGGACUGCGACUCCUGGACGGCCCUCCUGUGCGCCUCCAAGGAGGGGCACGCGGACAUCGUCCUGCAACUGCUCGAGCACAACGCCAACAUUGAGCACAGAGACAUGGGCAACUGGACGUCUCUGAUGUGGGCCACGUACAAGGGGCGCAUAGACGUGGUGCACCUCCUGCUCGAGAAGGGGGCCGAGGUCAACGCCCACGGGAACUACCACAUCUCGUCGCUGUUGUGGGCCGCAGGUCGGGGCUACACGGAGAUAACCGAGGCUUUGAUCAGCCACGGGGCGAAAGUCAACGUGGGGGACAAGUACGGGACGACGGCCCUGGUGUGGGCCUCCAGGAAGGGGUACACGGAGAUUGUGGCGAUGCUGCUGAAGGCGGGGGCGAAUGUGGACACGGCUGGGAUGUACUCCUGGACGGCGUUGUUGAUGGCGACGCAAGGGAAUUUUGUAGAAGUUGUGAACCUUCUCCUGGAGUAUAAGCCCAAUGUCAAUGCGCUGGAUAAGGAUGGGUGCAGUGCGUUGACCAUUGCGUGCAAGGAGGGCAAUAAUGAGAUUGUUACGGCGCUAAUCGCCGCCGGGGCUUAUAUCAAUAUACAGGACCGUUUCGGCGAUACCAACUUAAUCCACGCCGUCAAAGGCGGCCAUCGCGCAUGCGUCGAAUCCUUACUCAAGAAAUACGCCGACGUCGACAUCGCCGGCAAAGACCAAAAAACGGCAAUUUACAUGUCUGUCGAAAAAGGCAACAUUGCCAUCGUCAAACUCCUCCUCAGCGCAAACCCUGAUCUCGAAAUCGCAACCAAAGAUGGCGACACUCCACUUUUGAAAGCCGUACGUUCACGUAACGCCGAAAUCGUGCAAUUACUCCUCGACAAAAAGGCAAAAGUUUCGGCGGCGGAUAAAAAAGGCGAUACAGCGUUACAUAUCGCCAUGAGAGCACGAUCUAAAGGAAUUGUCGAGAUUUUACUGCGUAACCCCAAACACAGUCAACUGCUUUACCGGCCGAACCGGGCCGGGGAAACCCCCUACAAUAUCGAUAUUAACCACCAGAAAACAAUCCUCGGCCAGAUUUUCGGCGCCAGGCGGUUGAACACCAACGAAGACAAUGAGAAUAUGUUAGGGUAUGAUUUGUACAGUAGCGCACUUGCUGAUAUUUUGAGCGAACCCUCGCUCUCGAUGCCCAUUACAGUAGGACUUUAUGCGAAAUGGGGGAGUGGUAAAUCAUUCCUCCUUAAUAAAUUGCGUGAGGAAAUGAAGAAUUUCGCACGGGAAUGGGUGGACCCAGUGUUUCAGUUCACAAGUCUCAUGUUUUUGGUUUUGUUGCAUUUGUCGCUAAUUGUGGGCACGAUUGUCGGACUUUCGGUGCAAAGCUGGAUCAUUGGACUGUCAACAGCAGUAGCUUUUCUUCUAAUUUCGUACAUUUUUCUCGCUUUGGUUUGGUUCGCCAAUAAGAGGUAUGACUGGGACUGGCCUUACAAUUUCAACGUGAAAUUGACCCGAAAAUUGAACAAUAUUAAGCUGAUUUUGCAAGUUUUGUUCUGUAAUCCACCAGGGGCGGUGCCCUAUGAUGGAGUUUCCGCCAAUCCCAUUAGAUUUUAUUUCACUGACCAGACCCGGGUCAGUAGUACGGCCGGAGGCGAAAACUCAGUUGUCCAAAUGAUCGGCUCCUUGUACGACGCCAUAGAAAACGAUUACGGAGCUUUAGCCACUCGCCUGUACCGAGCUUUCAAGCCAAAACCAGUGAAAUCAUCCUCGACUUGGAAGCUACGCAAAUUGUGUUGCGUUCCAUACGUUGCUGUUUUUGAGAUAAUUUUUCUCUGUGUAUUAGUCGGAACUUGUGCCUUGACUGUGUACUUAGUCCACGUCAAUUCUGAUGAUAAUAACUCACACGAAAUGGUCCGUUUUACUCUUCAAAUUGUUUUAAUCACGGACGCGCUUCUUUUGGGCGUCGCUGUCGUCGCCAAUGUCUACACUUGGAGCAGAUUGUUCAAAUCUGUGCUGUUUUCGCAACGGCGUCAUUUGCAGCGGACCAUCGCCAGGCUGGAGACGCUGAAGUCGGAGGGGUUUUUGCAAGCUUUGAGACAGGAGGUGAACUUGAUGAAGGAUAUGGUGAAGUGCUUGGACAGUCUGAGUUCGCAGCAGACUCGUCUGGUCAUAGUGGUCGAUGGUUUGGACAGUUGCGAGCAAGACAAAGUUUUGUUGAUUUUAGACACUGUUCAUAUGUUGUUCUCAGACGCCAAUAGCCCGUUCAUUGUGAUAUUAGCAAUAGAUCCCCAUGUUAUAGCAAAGGUGGCUUGGGAACAGGCUGUUGAAAUGAACACGCGCCGAUUAUUUAGCGAAAACAACAUCGGCGGCCACAAUUACUUAAGCAAUAUGGUGCACCUACCCUUCUAUUUGCAAAAUUCCGGGCUACGCAAAGUCAAAGUAGCUCAACAGACUGCGCAGGCGCAUCGUAAACAAACGGGUGCUUGGACCGAAAACGAGGAGAGUCUUAGUAACUUCUUGGCACGUUCUUCGUCGAGUCGCCGAUUAUCAAGCGAGAGUGCCCUCAUGUCAAGUCAGGAGAAACUAAAACCCCCAGGCCGCAAAAACUCGCGCAAGCUCAAACUAUCCGAAUCGGUGGCGAGUUCAAUCGGAUCGAAUUUGAACAAAAUUGGCGGGGCUCAAGACUUGACCAAGAUGCUGCUCACUGAUGAUUAUUUCAGUGACGUGAAUCCGCGCUCGAUGAGGAGGCUCAUGAACGUUGUUUAUAUCACGGGGAGGUUGUUGAAGGCGUUUCAGAUUGAUUUUAAUUGGUAUAGGUUGGCGUCGUGGAUUAAUAUCACCGAGCAGUGGCCCUUUAGGACGUCGUGGAUUAUUUACCAUUACGAGUUGUAUGAGGAUGGUUUAGAUGACAAUACUUCACUUAAGUCAAUUUUUGAUAAAAUUCGACCCCACAUUCCUACUGUUAAAGACACCGAACCUCUCCUCGAACUCGACAGAGACGAGAAGAAAUUUGAUAUUUUCCUUACUUUUCAUCGCUCAAGCUUGUUGGUUAGUGAUUUGAAGAUAUUCCUCCCGUUUACGAUUAACUUAGACCCGUAUUUGAAAAAAGUGAUUAAAGAAGAAACUCAGUCUUUGGAUGACGAUGGUUUACUGAUGACAACCCCACGCAACUUAUCCGUGCUUCCACCAACCAUGCCAUGGUCAAAUCCAGCAAACCCAGAAUGGAUCUCACCCAGACCAGGUCUAACACGCCGCAAUCGCCCAUCUUCCAAACCCACAAUGUACCAACAACCAUCGGGACUUAUUGGGUGGUCCCCCUACGAACCGGUGCAAGUUACCAACCCACAAAUGAUACCACUAGCACCAGUAACAUCACUUGCGCCGGAAGUUUUUGAGAAACGGCUAUCAACGUUAAGUGUGGAUGGAGUGUGUAAAUUGUUGGGUGUUACCGAAGAUUUGAAUUCGGCCGCAGUUCCUGAUUAUUGUAAAGUGAUCAAACAGCAUAAUAUUAGUGGGAAGGUUUUGCUACACUGUGAUUUAGAUGAAUUGAAAAAGUUGUUGAAUAUGUCAUUCGGAGAUUGGGAAAUGUUCAAAGUGAUGUUAAUUUCGUUACGGGAGCAUGAAGUCAGUAAUGUUUUCAGGCACGACGAGACGACGAAACGAGUGCCUAAACCCGAGCGUAAAACUAGCGUCACUAAAAACAACCAGACUGAAAAAGACAGUAAAGAAAUAAGCCAACGCAAACAGACCGUAAUGGAAAAACAGUACCAGGUGACUCUCGAGGAGCAGAUGAUUUGCGGCGCCCUCCAGACCUUGAACGAGGAGGCUUGCGAAGACGUCCUUGAAGAAACGGAGGAGAAAGAAACGAAAAUAACAAUCGAACCCGACGUCCCCCAAACAUCGGUGAUCCCUCCCAGCCCCGACUCGAAUCAAGAUUUUCCACGAGAUUACCGCUCUCGAACGAACAGCUCGAGCGGCGUAGGUGAGACUGAGUUUGUUUUGUUACAAUCCUCGCCAAUAGGUCACAUGCAUUGGCAGCCUAUAAGUAUCUCAAUCGGCGGCAACUCGGAGAGUCUGAGCGAGCACAGUUCCAGGUGCAGCUCGCAGCUGCCUUCACCCGUUACAGAACGCCGUUUCUCGAACGGAAUCAAGCUAUCGAAUCUAAAAUCGAGCGACGACGCUGCGAAAAAGGGCCGUCACGUGGUCAUCAAAACCGACUGUGGCGACCCCUCGCACAUAAGCGUGGUUUUCAACCAAUCAGACACCAAAACUCCCCUCCUCCAGGAGUUCAACGCGAGACCAAGCUCGCUCCAAUUGGUCAAAACUGACAAGCCGCAAAAGCCGGUCAUGCGCAACCGCUCCAAGUCCAUCGACUGUCAAAAGAAGAAGCUCCACCGCUUGAAAGAAAAGCUGCUGCACUCCAGCCCCGAACUGAACGAGAACGCGAGCGACAAUGAGAGCACUCCGCUCGUUUCGGAAGUUUCAACACCGUCAAAGUCGGGCCAAAGCUCCGAAAUUAACUCGAAUAGCUUUCCUCUGUCUCCGGUUUCGCAGAAAAGUCUCUCGCCUGAGAUCAAGCAUCGGCAGACGCGAAGCGAACAAAAUCUGACUGACACGACUGACGUCAGCCCUGUACUCUCAUUCCAUGACAACUACUUAAGCAAUGUUGGUGGGGGCAGUAGUGGGGGGAAUAGCCUGUCCCCUAGAGUAGCGCUGACGAGGACCAUGUCCGAAUGCACCUCGAUUUCGGGGAUGAUCAGCUCCUGCAGCAAUGUUAGUCUACGUAGCAGGAACUCGCAGAGUUCCGGACACCUCUCAAGGCAGAACGCGCUAGAUUCCGAAGAAAAUCUUGCCGAUUGUUAUUGUGAUCCCAGUAGAGGAGGGUAAACACCUUUCUAUUUUUGAACAGUAUUUAUUUCGAAUAGAGCAAUAGAGGUCUAUUUAUAUUUUGUGAUUGUUAACUAGACUUCCCUAAUAAAUCUGUUACAUUUAA